CCACCAGAUACAAACCACAGAAUAAUGAUUAAAUUGAUUACGUCAUUCAAAACAAGGCAGUUAGCUAACGUUUAUCGUCUCAGGGCUUUGAAGACAGCAUUCCACAAUAGGUAUUUUAGAUACAGGUAUGGAAUGUGUAGUCAUAUUAUCAUCUCCAGCAAUAUUGUCAGCAUAAGCUUCAAAGUAACGUUAUAGUUUUACCAAAGGGCCAAAUGUCAAUGUAAAUAGAUUCGAUCAGCUAGCUAGGUACAGUAGUUAGCAUACCCGGCGCUGUAAACAAUGAGUGUAGAGUGACCUAAGAAUGUCGAUUGUGAAAAGUGGCUUCCUUCAUCGGCAGAGCACUAUUCUGCGGCGGUGGAAGAGAAACUGGUUUGACCUGUGGUCUGAUGGGUGGCUGGUUUUCUAUGAUGACGAGCACCGGCGAGAUAUGGAGGAUGAGAUUCACAUGAGAAUGGAUUGCAUAAACAUUCGUAGUGCAACUGCAUGUCAAGCCAACUUUUCACUGUCCAUAGAUCUGAACCCACCAGAGGGCAGGAGUCGAAAUGCCCUGGUCCAGAUAGUCUGCAUAGACGGACGGGUCAUCAGCAUUUGUGGAGACAGUGCAGAUUAUUCUUUGGCAUGGACCAUGGCUCUCCAGGAUGCCAGAAUCAGCUCUGUGGUUGCUCUGCCUCACAUUGGCUUUGCGCAGCAGAUUGUUGCUUCUGCCCCUUCUCCGUAUUCUGAAUAUGGUCCUCCACCCCCGGUUUAUGUCCCGGAUGCUUAUGGAGUCUAUGCCCCAGCUCCUCCUUCCCAUGGCACACAGAUCAUUUAUUCAGCUGAUGGGCAGCCUUAUGCGGUUGCAUACCCCUAUCAGUACCAAGGAGCAUAUCCUAUGAGGGAUCCCCAAGGGAAGAACCAGGUUAUUGUUCACGAGCGUCAACGUGAUGAUGGAGAAGGCGUGGCUCUCGGCAUGCUCGCUGGAGCUAUGACUGGAUUGGCUCUUGGUUCUCUCUUCUCUGUCUUCUAAUGUCUUCAUAGGAACAGUUUACAAUGUAACUGACAUGCACCAUUCCCACAUUUUGGCAGCACUGCAACUGCAUUUCUGCCAUGUGACAGAGAUGGAGGAGUUAAAUGUACAGUGAGGGGAAAAAACUAUUUGAUCCCCUGCUGAUUUUGUACAUUUGCCCA